GACACUUAGCAUGUCUGCUAGCCUGUUAGCAACCACAACAACAGAAGAGCCCGGACCACUAGCGUCACUACAGAACCCAACACAAAGGGGGCAAACUGCUUCCAUCUGGCGUGUGCUGAUGCAGAUGGACGUCAGGACUGAACAUUGACAAGUGGAAGUGACGGAUUCCUUCUCCUCACCCUCUUGCCCCCGACACCUUCUGUCAAGCUGGCAAUGUCAAGAGUCCCGAGUCCCCCUCCCCCUGCGGAAAUGUCCAGCGGCCCCGUGGCCGAGAGCUGGUGUUACACACAGAUCAAAGUGGUGAAGUUCUCUUACAUGUGGACCAUCAACAACUUCAGCUUCUGUCGUGAGGAGAUGGGCGAGGUCAUCAAGAGCUCCACCUUCUCGUCGGGGGCCAAUGACAAGUUGAAAUGGUGUUUGCGAGUGAAUCCCAAGGGCCUGGAUGAGGAGAGCAAAGACUACCUGUCUCUCUACCUGCUGCUGGUCAGCUGUCCGAAGGCCGAGGUGCGCGCCAAGUUCAAAUUCUCCAUCCUCAACGCCAAGGGAGAGGAGACCAAAGCCAUGGAAAGCCAGAGAGCAUAUCGCUUUGUCCAAGGGAAAGACUGGGGCUUUAAAAAGUUUAUCCGGAGAGACUUCCUCCUCGACGAGGCCAACGGUCUUCUACCUGACGACAAGCUCACGCUCUUCUGUGAGGUGAGUGUGGUGCAGGACUCAGUCAACAUAUCCGGGCAGAACACCAUGAACAUGGUGAAGGUACCUGACUGCCGGCUUGCAGAUGAGCUGGGGGGCCUGUGGGAGAACUCUCGCUUCACAGACUGUUCCCUGUGUGUGGCUGGACAAGAGUUUCAGGCCCACAAAGCCAUCCUGGCAGCACGUUCCCCUGUAUUCAGCGCCAUGUUUGAGCACGAGAUGGAAGAGAGUAAAAAGAACCGUGUGGAGAUCAACGAUGUGGAGCCGGAGGUUUUCAAAGAGAUGAUGUGCUUCAUUUACACAGACAAGGCUCCCAACCUGGACAAGAUGGCGGAUGACUUACUGGCAGCAGCUGACAAAUAUGCUCUGGAGAGACUGAAGGUCAUGUGCGAGGACGCGCUGUGUACAAGUCUGUCGGUGGAAAACGCUGCUGAGAUCCUCAUCCUGGCUGACCUGCACAGCGCCGAUCAGCUCAAAACACAGGCCGUCGACUUCAUCAACUACCACGCUGCCGAGGUGAUGGAGACAGCGGGUUGGAAGUCCAUGGUGGCGUCUCAUCCACACCUGGUGGCCGAAGCUUACCGCUCCCUGGCUUCAGCCCAGUGCCCUUUCCUCGGACCCCCACGCAAGCGCCUCAAACAAUCCUAACAGCAAGACGGCUACAAUGAUACAUACAAACACACACAUGCAUAAACAUACGAAGACACACAGAUCCGUCCCCUCACACAGGGACAACCUUUCCCCUCGCUGUUACCUACUACAAUACCUCCAGCCUCCCCCGAAUCUCCCCCUUCUAGCCCAUCCAAACCUGCUGUAUUUAGUCUCUUCUAAAGAUGGAGGGAAGAAGAAAGAGGAAGAGGAGGUGGAUGAGAGGGGCAGGUGGGCUUGUGAAGUGGAUGUUUGUUGUUUACAAAAAAACAAAACAACACCCCUCCCCCCUUACUUCCCAGCGCUGGCUUAGUGAGGUGUCUGACAUUGUGCUCUUUCCCGCGUGUGAAGGCUAAAUCCCUCCGCAUCCUGUUAGUUCCUAGUUUGGAAUCCGUUCGGGGGACGGACUGGACACAGCGAUCCAAAAAGAGCCAACUGUCUGGAAAUUUGGAGGUUUCAAGAAAAAGUGCAGAUAAAUUAGGUCUUUAACUGUCUUAUUUUAUCAUAAGGCUUUUCUUCACUCUGUUCUUAGUGUUUGGAGUAGAGCAGUAGGAUAAGUCCCCAAACUAAUGGACACAUGUGAGAGACUAAAGAAGAAGUCCGUCCCCCCCCUUCUCCCGAGAAAGACAACCAAGGGCUAGUCAAAAAAGCAGAUAUGGGACAAACUCGACAUUAAUCCUCCCAAAGAAAGUUGGGAAAACAUUGCACUAAAGUCACAGGUCACCCUUCCUCAACUCUUACCAGCAGUAAAGUAUAAAUACUGUAGGCAAGGACACGUUGAAGCAAGCUUCAUGGACUAAAUACCAAGCUGGACCACCAAGAACAAGUACCCUUUAAGAAGAUUUAUCAACGAGUGACAGAAACCGCACCUGUACUCCUCAUGUAGAACUCUGCUUCAUCUGCAUCCGUUUCAUUUUUUGAAUAGUUGGGCAAAAAACAGCAUAGAGAGGAAACAGAAACGCACAACCGGAUGUCCUUCUUGGGAAAAUUGUAUUUUUGUGUGUGGAUCUGUCUUUGUAGCCCUUGAGAGGAAAUUAAAUUCAGAGGUGUCAAUAGACAAACCAUCACAGAGAAAACAAAUGGAGGACAAAAUAAUGUCAUGAAAUGGUUUUCAAAAUAAGAUUAGGAAUCAAUCCGGCAUGUUAAUGUUCUUUUAUGACUGAUUUCUUAUUUGUUUUUUUCCUCAGAUGUGUCAUUUCUAUUUUUUUCAUAGGAAUUUGUACAGACACAUGCUUUUGAAGCUGUGGAAACAAAAAGGCAUUUUCAACCGUGAAAUUGGUGGGGGGGAAAGCGGACAGAUGUUUUCUUUGCAGGCAUGAAGACUGAGGGGAAAUGAAAUUGAAAUGAACACGUUUUAAUGUUCAAAAAAGUCAGAAUGUGAAAAAAAUGCACACCAAGGCAAACCACAUGAAAUACAUUUGAAGUUAUCAUUUUAACCUGGUGGAAAAUGGUAAUCGAUAGAAGGAACCGUUGUUGUUUCUUUCCUGUAGAUAUUGACGGUUAUGAGAAGUGACACUUAGUUGUUGCCAUUUUUUUGUUCCCAAAAAGAUUAAACCACAACUAUUUUCUAUUGAAUGCAAUGCAAACUUUGUCUGGUAUUUUUAUACGACUA